AUGGUAGUGUUUGUCGACUUUGACAAUGAUGCGUUCGACGAGCAUCGCCUUCCUCAGGGCCCCGACUCCCUAUUCCACUCCUAUACCGAGCCGGGAAAACCUUCAUUAUCGAGGCUGACGGUUGUGGGCUCGGAUCUACCUUCUCACCCUAUGGAGACCUCGUCGGACGAUCACCCCUCCGCCGAUCUGACAUGCGAUAGUACCCCUCAUACCCCUCCGGAACAGGAACAAACACCCAACCGAAAUGCCUUUUCAGCUGCCUUGAGCUGCUAUCCGAUCGUCACGGAGAUCGCCCGACGUGUGGAUCUAAAUACCCUCCAUGCCCUUUCCCGAACGUGCCGUCAGUUUCAUGCGAACCUGACUCCAUGCCGCCAGCAGCUGGUGAAACAGACCCUGCGCUGUGAGAAUGAGUAUAUCGAGACGCUAUCGGAUAUGCUGUCUAGCGGGGCGGCUAUCCCCGAUAGCGUCAAGUCCGUGAUCCGACUCUUGAGCAAGGGUGCUGUGGAGUCCGGAAGACUUACCAGCGGUAAGGUUGGUAAAUGUGCUCGGGAUAUGGUUGCAGAAUGUCGGAGGUGCUCUAGGGUCGUAUGCAGGAACUGCACGAUUAAACCUCCGACGACAGCCAUGUUCAAGAACCGCGUCCGUCGUCUCUGCACCACCUGCUGUACGGCACCAUUAGAACGUCAUUUAACUUCCUCUGCCGUUCCCUCUGCCUCCAGCUUUACCACGUCUGCAUUUAUGCGUACUCCGUGCUCGUGCGACGAUGCAGUCUGGCUUUGUCACCCGUGCGGACAGAUGAUCCGUAACAGCGACACCACUUAUCGUCGAGUAUGGACAUGGCGCACUCGCUACAGCACGUACCUGGGUGGUCUAGGGACGGGGAUCGGUGAAGGUUGUCAGGGGGUUAAAUGCGGUCGGGGUGAAGACUGCCUAGCAGCUCAAGAAAUCGAACUAGAGGUGGAAUGUGGCUCCGAUGGAGUGUCUACGAAUUUCCACGAUCUACACGGUUCCCAUAACCACGGCGACGAGCAGCCUGGAUACUUUAGACAGGAAAUUGUCGGAAUCGGGGGAGUCGUGAAACAAAAAGCGAAGAAGCGCAUUACGGUUGGUGCCUGUGUGGUCGAGCAUGAAGAUGAGCGCGAAACGGGCAAGUACCUUACUCGGGAAGAGGAGAGACAGCAGCGCAGUUGGUGCGGAUGGUGCUGGAGGGUUAUUCCAGCCAAAAGUGACAUUCAUGAGAUAUAG